AUGGGCUCAAUUGAUCCUGUCUCAGCAACACCAACGACGGCAGAGGUGAACGACGAUUACGAUCAAUGCAUCGCAGGCGGGUUUGCUCCUCUCCCGGUGGCAUUGGUCAGCGCUCACGGGUCUCUGGCAUACGAUGUGGAGCAUAAGUCGUAUAUCGACUUCUUGAGCAUGAUAGCCGUCAACAAUAUGGGCCACGGCCAUCCAAAGAUUGUCGACGCUGCAGUAAAAGCACUGCAAUCAGGUGCUACCGUUAAUCUCGCCUUCCAAAGUCCGUUUUACGGGCGACUGGCAAGACGCCUGACCCAAGCAUUCGGCUAUGACCGCUUUGUAGCAUUGACAAGUGGUGGCGAAGCCGCUGAUGCCAGCAUGAAAAUCGCAAGAAAAUGGGGCCAUCUGGUCAAGGGAAUUCCAGUGGGCAAAUGCUUCAUCUUAAGCGCCUCGGGCUGCUACCACGGUGUUGGCUUAUCUCCCCUGUCUCUAGCAAGCAAAAAGAGCCGGCUCUUUGAGACCUUCCUCCCGCAGACCGGUUCCACAAGUCCUUCUGGUAUUUCCAUUCGUUACGGUUGUUUGGAGGAUGUGGAAAUGGCAUUCAAGCUCGAUGGCACCGAGAUUGCCGCUUUUAUCGUCGAACCCAUUCAGGGAGCAGCUGGUGUUAUAGUGCCUCCAGACGACUAUCUACCUGGGGUUGCCCGUCUAUGCCGACAAUACAAUGUUCUCUUGAUCGCCGACGAGAUACAAACUGGACUAGGGCGAUGUGGAUAUCCUCUCUUCCAUAUGAAAUAUGGUAUUCGCCCAGAUCUGGUGAUUCUGGGGAAGGCCUUGUCAGGAGGCGUAUAUCCAGUUUCAGGGGUGCUGGGAGACAACCAUAUCAUGAAACUGCUGGAUCCUUAUGAGGUCGGCUCAACCAUGGCUGCGAAUCCACCCGGAUGCGCUGCAUCUCUAGCCGCCAUUGAUGUCCUCUUUGAUGAAGGCUUGUCGUCUCGAGCCCUGAUGCUAGGCGAUUUGUUGAUUUCGACCCUGAAAUCGUCCGACCCGCCCCACGUCAAAGAAUAUAUGGGCGCGGGCCUCCUCUGGGCUAUUGUGAUCAAGGAGAAGCCUCCCCGAGUGACCAGUCGACGGGUGAUUGCUCUUCUGGCGCAGAGGGGCGUUCUGGCUAAUGCCAUCAAAGGCGGUAGGAUUCGCAUCUGUCCUCCCCUGACCAUUAGCACCGAGUUGCUGCUGCAGGGGGUGGAAAUCAUCGUGCAAACGUUGCGGGAUGUCGAAUCCCACCUCGAGGGCCUGCCGGGGGAGGUUGUCACGAUCAAAUAUCCCAUCGAACCGGACAAAUAG